AUGCUGUCGUUAAUAGUAGUUAUGAGCUCGUACUGGCUGGUUGGUUUCUCGGCCUCGCAGAAGAUGUUUGUAUUCGCGGUGGUAGUAGUGGAGUACAUAUGCGUCGAGUCAAUUGUAUCGUUCACAUCAGCAUGUGCUACGUCGCUUGCUAUGGGGAAUAGCUUAGCGGGUGGUGUGGUCGGUCUUCUCGCCGUGUUCAACGGUUGGAGUGCAAAUACGUCGAGUACGCCCGGAUAUAUUGCAUGGAUUCAAUACCCCAGUCCUUUCUACUAUGGAUUUCAAGCCAUUGUGGUACAUCUUUAUGAUGACACUGUGGCGAAACAGUUCGCCUUGAACACCGAUUGGGGUGAUUGGGGUGGUCUCGUUAUAUGUUAG